GCUAAAAAUAGCCAGGCCUGCCACCCUGGUGGGCAGAGCACUCCCCCCUCCCUCCCAGCAAUUUGCUGCCUUGUUUUCUCCUUCCCCGCGCGCUGCCAUGGCAACGGGGAGGCCGGUCACAAAUAACUCGGUCGGGCCCCAGAGGCCGGCCCUUGCAGACACAUGCCCCUUUCACGGGCUCCCUCUCGGGGUUGGCCAGGAGGGAUUUUUUUUUUUUUUUCCGCUCCCUGUGCUGGUCCCUCCCAUUUCCUGGCUCCUCCUGUCUGAGUCCCAGCCCGGCCUGUGCCUGGGAGCCCCAGUCAUCCGGCUGGGAUCCCGGCGAACGAACGCUUGGCUGCAGCCCGCGCCGCCCCGGGACGCAGGGAGGGGAAGAAGGAACCUGGGGGCUGCUCCCUGCAGACCGUCCCGGGCCCCAAGGUGGGGGGCCCUACAGAGAUGCUCCGAGGCAUGUACCUCACGCGCAACGGGAACCUACAGAGGCGGCACACGAUGAAGGAAGCCAAGGACAUGAAGAACAAGCUGGGCAUCUUCAGGCGGAGGAACGAGUCCCCCGGGGCCCAACCAGCGGGCAAGGCAGACAAAAUGGUGAAGUCAUUCAAGCCCACCUCAGAGGAAGCCCUCAAGUGGGGCGAGUCCUUGGAGAAGCUGCUGCUUCACAAAUAUGGCUUAGCAGUGUUCCAGGCCUUCCUUCGCACCGAGUUUAGUGAGGAGAACCUGGAAUUCUGGCUGGCAUGUGAGGACUUCAAGAAGGUCAAGUCACAGUCCAAGAUGGCGGCCAAGGCCAAGAAGAUCUUCGCUGAGUACAUUGCAAUCCAGGCGUGCAAGGAGGUCAACCUGGACUCCUACACACGGGAGCACACCAAGGACAACCUGCAGAGUGUCACCCGCGGCUGCUUCGAUCUGGCACAGAAGCGCAUCUUCGGGCUCAUGGAAAAGGACUCCUAUCCACGCUUCCUCCGCUCUGACCUCUACCUGGACCUCAUUAACCAGAAGAAGAUGAGUCCCCCGCUUUAGGGGCUGACAGGGUAGAGCUCCGUGUUCACACCAGGCGGGCUGGGCCCCCUUCCCACCUGCCUCUCUCCCUCUGCGACGGAGGGGGCAAGCAAGCCCCCGGAGCCUGCGUCUCCGGACAGACAGACGGACAUUCGGAUGAGAGGCCUGGACCAAGGGAGGCCCAGGCCACUGGAGGAGUAGAAGGACUGGCCCCGUUGGGUCCACACUGCCCCGGUACGAGGGGGCCCGAGGGCCCUGGCAGGUCAGGGGCCCUGGCUGAGCCAGAUCCGGAGCUGCUGUUCCGUGCUGCGUGGGCUCAGCAUUGACCAAGUUCCUGAAAGAACUGGCUGAUGGGGCAGGGGGCCUAGCUGUGGGCUCCAGGGCUCUCCAGGGGGGCCGCUGGGACUCGCAGCCCAGACCCCGUGCCUUGAGUUUUAUUUAUUUAAACAGUAGUCGGAUGCUUGGCACGUUGUCCUGUAAUAGGAAAUUUUUGCCUCAUCGGUUUUCCUAAUUUACCAGUGCAAUAUUUUAACCAACGCCUUGUGCAAAAGCCACCUCACCGAGAGGGUGGACACCACUUCCCAGUUUCAGGGGAUUUGCUGGUCCCAGGCACCGUGGCAGGCAGCUGGGCCUUCCAGACUGAUGAGGCCUGGAGGGGCAGGUGCUGCCGUGUGACCUCGCACAGGAAUCCCGCACUCCCCAAGGGAGGUGUCCCUCAGGGGCUCUGGGAAAGCAUGGCACCCUCAGACCACACAGCAGCCGAGUUCUGGAACAAAUAAAAGGCCUGUGUUAUUUCUUGUU